AUGUGUUUCUUGCUAACGCGCCUGCAGAUGCUAUCUGGUGGGUGGCCGCGAAUGCGCGCGCUGUGCAACGUACCGCCGUUCGAUUCUGAGCCGUAUUACUGGGGAAUAACGCUGCACAGUCUGGCAUUUCGAGCUGAGAUCCUGGCUCUUUCCGUGUGUCCGCAUGCAUGCCGAGUCGUCCUACCUCAGUUCCUAGCUGGUGAUGACCGAUGGGAAAGAAAGAGUCUCAAUGGGCCAUCAUGUAGGAUCCCCACACCAGACAGAGUGACAGUCAGUCAAGUGGGCGGAAAGCCGAUGGAUGCAGGUGGCACUGGCGUUAUGUGGAGGAGGUCUAGGAGUGCACUUAAACAGGCUGAAAUGAUAAUGCCGAUAAACAGCCGAAGCAGUCUAUACGGGGCGAGGCUUAACCGUGCGCUGGUAUCCGUUGAAAACAAGCGGCGGCCGCUGCCGACGGGCGAUAAGCGCACGAUAGCGGAGGAAUCGGCCUUAUCGCCGGCUGCCGCGCGAAAAUCGGAAAAAUGCUCGCUGCGGGUGUUACGCGCCAACUCGUGCGGCGAACGUUUGUGGCGAACGUUCGCGUCAAACGUUCGCGACCAACGUUUGCGAACGAAC